UCCUCCCUCCCCAUGGUGGCGCAAACUCGGCAUGCGGUUGCCCCGCCGUCACCCAGGAAGCUGUCUUUCCGCGACAAGUUAGUGGAAAAGGGGCAGACAACAGACUCCCUAAUCAAAAAGCUACAAACGCUUCACAAGGAGUUGGCAGAGGCAGAACAAGAACUACUCGACUCGAAUUCGUUGGGAACCGUGCGGAAAGACCUCGUUAACACGACCAUUCUCCUCCACAAAGAUCGUGGCGUCAAAGCAUACGCGGCUUGCUGCCUCGCUGAUAUCUUGCGCCUAACAGCUCCCGAUGCACCAUAUACACAACCAGAGCUGCGCGACAUUUUCCAAUUCUUCUUUCGGCAACUCUUUACAGGGCUCAAAGGACCGGACUCACCUUACUACACCGAGUACUAUCAUCUCCUCGAGUGUCUAUCCACCGUGAAGAGUGUUGUGCUUGUCUGUGACCUCCCAAAUGCGGACGAGGUCAUGAAAGAAGUGUUCGGCAAUUUCUUCCAGAUCGUUCAACGUGAACUGCAGAAGAAAGUAGAGAUGUUUAUGGCGGAGAUUCUCAUCGCCCUCAUUGACGAGGCUCAGACGAUCCCACAAGACGUGUUGGAUAUAAUCCUCAACCAGUUUCAAGAACGACAAGGGUCACAGGACCCAGCGCCAUAUCGUUUGGCUGUUCAAGUGUGCAACGCGACUGCUGACAAACUACAACGGCAUGUUUCUCAAUAUUUUACGGAAAUCAUUCUUGCGGAACGAGACGACGACUAUGAAGACUUGCGCCUCGCCCACGAGCUCAUCAAGCGCCUCUACCAUUCAUGCCCCUCCCUCCUGCCGACCGUAAUACCGCAGUUAGAGCAGGAGUUGCAAACUGACAAUAUUCAACUCCGACUAAUCGUCACGCAAGUGCUUGGGCAAAUGUUUGCGGAUAAAAUUGGCGGAUAUGAACUCACGACCAAAUAUACCUCUACGUGGGCGGUUUGGCUGAGGAGGAAGAACGACAAAGCACCACAAGUUCGCCUCAAAUUCGUUGAAGCUGCGCGCGGAUUGUUGGAUAGUUCCUACGAGUUGCAACGAACAGACAUCGAAGCAGCACUACUCGAUAAGCUUCACGACCCAGACGAAAAGGUCCGCGCCGCAGUUUGUCGGUUAUAUGGACAACUCGAUUAUGAAACAGCCUUGCACCAUGUCAAGGCGUCCCUAUUGCAGGAACUUGCUGAACGGGGUAGCGAUAAGAAGCCUAUCGUGCGUCAAGAAGCUUUGCGGGCUCUGGGGAAACUCUACUCGUUGGCUUACCCAGAAAUUUGUCGAGUGAGAGCGGGGCUGAAGCUGCUAUCAAGCAGUUUGGAUGGAUUCCACGAGCGAUGGUUGAGAAACUCAAAGUUGCAUCAGACAUCAGGCUUGAAAUUUUUUUUUGUUACUACGAACUCUUAUCAUCUCUGCAGAUUCGUAGUCGAGGAAGUCAUAAGCGAGUACAUUUUGCCUUUGCCGUUGCAAGGGCCGAAGAACGCCGAGGUCGACGAGGUUGCAUGGACUGAUCGUUUAUUAACUGUCAUGGCCUACCUUGGUGAUUUCAACGCGGUGUUGGCGUUCUCUGGUAUAUCCCGAACGCGACCAACGAUCUUUGACCACUUCAUCAAUAGUUGUACCGCAAACAAUGGUGGGGUCAUUGACGAGAACGAAGAAAUUGUCAAGCGGAGAUUGACGGAGGUCAUCAAAUAUAUCAGCACGUUAUCUUCCGACCCACACAAAACUGCGGAAGAUCUGAUGGCCUUUGCCAAUCUCAAUGAACAGCGGUUAUACAAACUCUUCAGGACUUGCAUGGAUCCGCAAACCGAUCUAAAAGGUCUGGUCAGAGCUACAAAUGAAUUCACGAGGCGAAUUGAGAGCCAUAGCCCGGCGAUCGCCUCAACAAUGAAUUAUGUGCUUCGACAAGCUUCGCUUCAGUUUCUCAACCAAUCCUCGAUUCCCACAUUAAUCAAGCGUUUGGAACACUCUCGAGAACUUGUCUCUGAUUCCGCUUUGAAACUUCUCAGAUUCGUCGCCAAACAUCUUCCUGUCCUGUUCAAACCUCAUCUUGGUGAGCUGAUCAAAGGCAUCGCAAACGAUAAGUAUCCCCGGUUGGUCGAAAUGUCUCUUCAAGCACUAGCAACGUCCAUCCAGCGGGAUGACAAAUCAGUUCCGGUUGACAAACGCACUGUUGAACGAAUUGAACGACUGGCAACUCAAGGGACAUUCCGUCAAGCCAAGUUUGCCGCCCGGUUCCUUGCAUUCGCCAAACGGCCAUCCGUCUGUCUGCAGACGAUAUCCGAAUCACUUGGAAAAGCUUCGCCUCAACUUCUUGUCUCUCAUGUAGCCUCACUUGCUCAGUUCGCCCGCCAUGCUCCCGACGCAUUUGAACACAAGAGCGAUGUGCUGAUGGACUUUCUCAUCAAAAAGUUACUUAUGGUUCCGACUCACCCUCUUGAUGAGGACAUGGAGAGUGAUGAAGAAUGGGCAGAGGAAGACAAGAUUUCGGAUAAUCUACGCGCCAAGGUCUUUGCAAUCAAGGUCUGCAGGAAUCGAUGCCUUGCCCACGCCACCUCCGAGAAUGCAAGGGAACUUUCAACACCUGUCCUCAAACUACUGGGAAGAUUAGUCCAAAACUCGGGCUCGAUCUUGCCAGAUUCUGGUGAAGACAAGAAAGUGAUGUCCAGAAUGCGUCUACAAGCGGCCAUAUCCCUCCUACACCUCGCGACGGCUCAGGCAUAUCAAAAAGACAUUGCCGGAAUUUUCAUUAAACUUUGUCUGAUGGUGCAGGACUCGUGCUUUGACGUUCGAAUAGCUUUCCUGCGGAAAAUGGUCACCCUUGCAUACGCACGCAAACUCCAACCCCAAUACAACGUCAUCCCAUUCCUGACAGUCCACGACCCGGAGACGGAAGUAAGAUCCAUGGGUAUUUCUUUCAUUCGAUCAACUGCGUCAAAGUUACCCGUUGUCAAACGGGUGGAACACCUGGACAUGGUUUUCAUCCGCCUCAUACAUCUUCUGGCUCAUCACCCAGAUUUUGGUACCACCGAGGAAGAGAUGCUUGACAUGGCCAAAUAUAUCGAGUUCUACCUCAGCACUGUCGCUAACGCCGAGACGAUCUCCCUUCUAUAUCAUCUGGCCAUGAAGGGGAAAACUGUGCGUGAUGCAGUGCCAGAGUACACUGAGAACCUGUACAUCACAAGCGAGCUGGCCCAAGAAUUGAUCAAAAUAUGGGCGCACCAACAGGGAUUGAAUAUAGCCACAUACCCCGGCAAAGUCAAACUACCCCAAGACAUAUUCCGUCCGCUCACCAAUGCGGAAGAGUCAAAGCGGACAUGGGUCAAGAACCAGUAUACUUCAACCAAGGAGAAGAAGGAGCGCAAACGAAAGGCCCCUCCCAAAACAACGAACGGCACAGCCCCUAAGAGGAGGCGAAAACGGCAUUCUGGUCGAUCAGACGACGAAUCGGAGACCGACUCCGGUGAAGAUGAAGAAAAAUCAUCAGAACCAGCUCCAAUGAUGGAUGCUGAUGAACAGGAGGAGAGUGAAGAGGAUGACGGUGAGGUUAAGUUGGGUAGGGGCGAGAGAUCCAAAGCCAAGCGAAAACGAUUGCGAGCCUUGCGCAAAACCCAACAACAAGGCUCGCCAAGUUCAGAGGGAUGA